AUGGCGACGCAGUCAAUCUCUCGCUCCAUCCUUCGCCGGCCGGCGAAAUCCCUUUCCGGGAUUUUCACUCGUUGCUUCUCUUCGUCAUCUCCUCUCGCCAAAUCCCGAUCUGCGUCCUCGUUGCUGCACCGUUCCCGUCCACUCGUUGCCGGAUUCUCCUCCAGAUUCGUCCCUACCGGUGUGUUUCCGGCUAGAGAUCUGUCGACGCAAGCUACUUCGUCUUCAGUGAACGACCCGAACCGUAAUUCAUCGGAUGACGCGACUGUGCUCGAUGGUUGUGAUUUCGAGCAUUGGCUUGUCGUCAUGGAAGAUCCUGAAGACCAUCUCAGUAGAGACGAAAUCAUUGAUUCCUACAUCAAAACCCUAGCCCAAGUUGUUGGCAGUGAAGAAGAAGCAAUAAUGAAAAUCUACACUGUUUCUCAUCGACUCUACUAUGCUUUUGGAGCACUUGUGUCAGAAGAUGUUUCUCUUAAGCUCAAAGGAGAACCUUUCAUUAAUGGAAAGGCUGUUCCUUAUGACCCAAAGUAUCAUGAUGAGGGGUUAAAGAUGCAUACUAGACCAUAUGAAUGGAGUAGGCACCAGAAGUACAGUGGUCCACCACCACAGCCGCAACCAAACAUGAGUCCGAGCUACCAGGGACAACUUAUCACCACCGAACAUAACAUAAAAGGUGGUGGAAUGCAGCAGGAGCCUUGCUUGCCCAAUGGAGUUUUAAGUGCUUGUCUCCGGCCAGCAGAUCCGAAUCCGGUUUGGAUACCGACGAAUCCCAUAACCUUGUGUCUCUUCCUUACGCUUUUGCCGCCAACGACAUUUCUAAUUCCGGAGACGUCCCAAACGACUCGAACCGUCUUCGGAGGAGCGUUCGUGAGGCAAUUACGUCCGGUUAAUCGGAGACCCGGGAGGAGAAUCACGGCGAGUCCAAAUGUGAAUCCGGCGAUUCCGAUUGCUAGGGAAGUUAAUACGAUAAGAGCCGUCGAUCGGCGCGCCGCGAGUGAUGGCCGCGCGUGGAAUAGCUUUCGAGGAGAUUGCAUUGUCGCAACUCGCAAAGCAGCUCGAUCUUCCGUUAAUGGCGUCGUCACGGUCUCUUUUGUUUUCCCUCCGGUCGAAUUAAUCGUAUCUUGA